GCAAUGGGUUUGUGUGUAGCGUGUGUCUGUAGAUAGGCGACGCAACGAGCAUUUGGAUGGAUUCAUUGGGUCUACUCCAGGGAAGUAGUUACGGGAGAUCUUCUCUGGCGAAGAACCAAGCGGAGGGCGACUGUGUGGAGAGUGGAGGAGACGAGAAACAAACGCUGGUGGUAGUAGGGGGUGGCGCUGCGGGUGUCUAUGGAGCCAUUUGGGCUAAAACAGCUUGCAAGCAUCUCAAAGUCGUUGUCUUGGAAAGAGGACACUUUUUAUCCAAGGUGAAAAUCUCUGGGGGUGGACGCUGUAAUGUUACUACGGGCUUGUUUGUGGAACCGCUGGUAAAGUAUAGUGGCCGAGGAGUUUUACUCUUUAAGUUCUGGUUCCAGCCGUUGUCGCAGCAAUAUCCAAGGGGCCACAAGGAACUUCGUGGAUCUUAUUUUAGAGAACACGGACCUCUUGAAACUGCUGCCUGGUUUCAUGAGCAUGGAGUUCCGCUCAAGACCGAAGAAGAUGGAAGAAUGUUCCCAGUAACCGACGACUCCGGAACUGUUGUGGAAUGUCUCCUCAACAAGGCUCGACGAAUUGGAGUUUCCUUGAAGAGCAAUGCGCUUGUGAAAGACAUUGUGCCGCUGAAUGGACGGUUUGAUGUUCACUUCAAGAAUAAGAACGAGCCAUUCUCAGAAAAGCUACAAGCGGACUUUGCUCUACUUGCAACUGGCAGCUCGCCACAGGGGUACAAGUUAGCAAAAGAGCUGGGACAUGAUCUUGUUUCUCCCGCUCCAAGUCUAUUCACUUUUAAGGUUGCAGAUUCUAAGCUCGGAGAACUUGCCGGAGUCAGCUUUGAACAUGUUUCUGUCGACCUGGAAAUUCUGUGCUGGAAUAAACGAAGUGUCAACUUGCGGCAGGACGGGCCACUUCUCGUCACGCACUGGGGAUUGAGCGGUCCUGCUGUGCUGCGUCUCUCUGCAUGGGCAGCCAGGGACCUCCUCAAGGUAGACUACAAAGGAACUUUGUGGGUGGACUUCGCACCGAAGUUUUCCCUGGACGAAGUGAAGAAGCUGCUGGUAAAGCAGAAAACACUUUCCCCGAGAAGAAAGCUAGAUAGCGGCGCCCCUUUGGUAUUACAACUAGUGAAGCGAUUUUGGCAGUACCUGAUCCAUCGACAGGAUCUAAACGAGGAGGCUGUGUGGUACGAGCUUUCAAAUCGACAGCUGGGUGACUUAGCAGGCCUCCUUAAGCGGUGUUCCUUCCAAAUCUCUGGCAAAGGGGAGUUUAAGGACGAAUUUGUAACUGCUGGAGGGGUUCCACUCGACGAGGUGAAUCUCAAAACUAUGGAGAGCAAGAAAUGCUCUAACCUCUACUUGGCUGGUGAGCUUCUCAACGUCGAUGGCAUCACUGGCGGCUUUAAUUUCCAGAACGCAUGGACGAGUGGCUACCUAUCGGGAUCAGCCAUUGCGAAAAAAGCCACGUCGCGAUCGUUGUAGCGAAGCUUUGAAGCUAGAGUCUCGCGAAUAUCCCAGUCAUUAAACUGUGAUUAGGGUU